AUCCUGAUUGCCGCUGCAACGACCGCGACUCGACUCCGCGAGGUGCGACGCGACUGCGCGAUUCCCCUGAGCGACGCCGCCCUCAUGCCCUCAUUCCUCCCGCGCGAUGCGAGCGGCUGCUCGAUGGAGAUAGGCACCUCGCCAAGCUGAUCGACGCCGCCGCCGCCUCCGUGCCGACCCCGUACGUGAGAGCUCCAGGCGCUGUUCUCCCCGAGGCGAGAGUAGCCCCUGGCGCCACAACACUGUCCGGCGGCCAUGGACGCCGCGACAGGAACCCCGGCUGAUCAGAGCCCGAACGCGCCCCUGCCUGUCCGCGUCAGUGAGGAUGGCGUCGAGGUGUCGCGGCCGCUGACAGCGGUGGCGUAGGCAAGGUGUUCGACGGAAUGCGUCCUGGCUUCUGAGGCGCCAUGGCUCGACGACGCGCGAGGCCGGCCGUGGGCGGACCUCCCGGCGGACAUCCUCGGCCUCGUUGUCGGCUGCCUCCCCCUCGUCGAGGACCGGGCCAGGCUGCGCUCCGUCUGCCGCGCGUGGCGCGUCCUCCACCAGCGGUCGCCGCCGCCGCUGCCCCUGCUCGUGAUGGCCGACUUCUCCUUCUCCAGCUUCUGCGCAGGAGAGACCAUCAUGGGAGUGCGUGGCCGUGUCCCGCUGCCGGAGAGGGAGAGGGAGAUGGCGGCUGGUGGCAGCGUCUGCUGCGUGGGCUCGUUCGAGGGAUGGCUCGUUGGCGUCAAGGCCAACAAAGGUCGCUACUUCGGUGACCGCCGGCGUUUCUUGAUGAACAGUUUCUCCCGGGAUGUUAUCCGACUCCCGCUACCUUCGGGAGCCUCCCGCUCCGCUGAUGCCUACACUAGGUCUCUCCCCAUCAUCAAUGGCUCUGGUGUCUUGCAUUGCACGAUCAACGCAGCGAAGUGCGUGAUGUUGUUCUGGAAGGUCGUCUUGUCCUCGUCGCCUGACUCUGGCUCCAAGUGUGUUGUGGCCGCCACCUCCAUGGUCAAGGAUGCAGUUAAGCUUGCUCUCUGGCGGCCUGGGAUGAAGUCGUGGAGCGUGUGUGAUGGUGAUACUAUCAUUAGGUCCAUUGAUAUUGUCUUCUGCCAUGCCAAGGGAACCUCCACAUGCUCAGUUUCGGCAAAUUCACCACUAACCUCUUAGUCUUUGAGAUCUGUGAAGAUGACAAUGGCUUGAUGGUUUCUCGUGUUGAGUCUUGUGUGAUCAAACUGCCUGGGGUCAUGGGUACCGCUAAUGAGACUUGGAGCAUAGUAGAGUGGCGCGGGAAACUACUGAUAGUUGUGACAUACUUUGGUGAAUUUGGGCACAACAUUAUUGAGAUUAGAGUAUAUGAGGUGGACUGCAGCACAAACCCUGCCACAUUCACUGAGAUCAAGAGCUUGGAUGGCGACUGCAACUUUAUCAGCCAACUCAGCAGCAAGUCUUUUCGUUUAUCUCAUUAUGAUGUAGUCAAAGAUUAUCUUAUCUAUUUUAUGCAUGACCGCUCUUUUGAUAAAUCUGUGUACAACAUGAAAGAUGGUACAAUGACACCAAUUACUGCAGACAUGUCAGAGGACAAAAUUUAGACACCAGAUGGAAGACUGAUGAAUUCGACAUGGUUAUUUCCUCCUGAAUGAACUGCUGCAUAUCAACCCCGAUCCUACUGAGUCUUAAUGUAUGAAGCACUGAUUUUUAUAGUAGAAAAACUUAUGCAUACUUAAUUUGUUUUCA